UAUUUUGUAAAUGUAUGAAUUAGAUUCUCUGGUUAUUUCUUCUAAAAUUGUCAAAUAACAAAGAAUUUAUGAUGAAUUUGAGACAUAGAAAAGGUUUUAAAGCUCAGAAAAAGUGAAGUAGAAAACUAUUCCACACAAGUUUUCAACCUCGCUGAGUGUGGUGAUUGGGUUGGGUUCCAAACUCAUCAGCUUCUUCACUCUCUGAUCGGAGCUGUUGACUUCUCUUUGCGACCUUCACCACACCAUGGCCACUCAACCCACCAACCAUCCAAACUCUGUAUACGAUUUUACCGUCAAGGAUACUAAAGGUGAUGAUGUUGAUCUUGUCACUUACAAGGGAAAAGUAUUGGUCAUUGUUAAUGUUGCUUCCAAAUGUGGCAUGACCAACUCAAAUUAUGUGGAGUUGAAUCAACUAUAUGAGAAGUACAAAGACAAAGGGCUGGAGAUUCUGGCAUUUCCAUGUAAUCAAUUUGGGGAGGAAGAACCUGGAAGCAAUGAUCAAAUUAAGGAGUUUGUCUGCACUCGCUUUAAAUCUGAAUUUCCCAUCUUUGAUAAGAUUGAAGUGAAUGGGGACAAUUCUGCUCCUUUAUACAAAUUCUUGAAGUCAGGUAAGUGGGGAAUAUUUGGGGAUGAUAUUCAGUGGAAUUUUGCAAAGUUUCUAGUUGAUAAGGACGGGCAAGUGGUGGAUCGCUAUUAUCUCACCACAUCUCCUCUUAGCCUUGAGCGAGACAUCCUUAAGCUACUUGGUGUUGUCUGAAGGAGAGGAUUCAGCUGGAAGGAGAGGGUGUGAUGAACGUCAAAGGAUCUUGUAUUCACUUUGUUAUGUUACCCUACAAAAAUCUGAUUUUGUGCAUAAACGUGUUUUAUCAGCUGAACAAGAUUUGGUUAUUCCCAUUGACAACACAUGUUGAUGUCUGGUCUGGUUAUGCAUACUUUCUUGGGAUUAUGGGAGCAUAAAUCUAGAACAUGUAUAAUCAUAUGCCAAAAUAUGAAAAAGUUGUAUAAGGUCGGUUGAAGAAAAAUUCACAUAACUUUAUUUGCAUACUUGUUUAAUUCAUGGAGAAGCUCAUUGACCGUAAA